AGGGCAGCACGUGGCCCCGUAAAGCUUCAGUUCAGAGCCGCUUCUCGUCGAAUCCUCAUCCGGUUCAGCUGAUUGGGAUUUUCAUGAUGACUUUUCGAGGAAUGAGUGUCUGCGUGGUGUGCGUCGCCGUGAUGCUUACGCUGACGAGCACCGUGCAGGCAGGUCUUAAAUACAAAGAGAAGCCCGGAUCGUGCCCCCUCUUCCCUGUUGCUCCGCCUCACCUGGACGGGUUAUUAAGAGUCGACUGCCUUGAAGAUAACCAUGAUUCAGCGGCUUCAGCUGUAACACCACAGCGAGAUACAACUGGAUCCUGCCAGUGUCAUGGAAACGCCGGAAACCAGAGGAACAAUCAGAUUUACUUUACUUUUUCUGUUUGUAAUUUCUUCGUCUUCAUACUUAUACGAAUAAGUAUUUACGCCGUUAAACAAUCCGUGUUACUUACUGUAAAUUGUCAUACCUUUUCCCCGUGGUAUGUAUACAUUUACUAAUGAAAACAAGAGACAUUUACGUCUGCGAUGUCACAACUCUCAGUGAGCUUUCUUAUUUACGUCCCGUAUAACCUGCACUCUGAGGUAGUAUUAAAUGACUCAUGGAAAAAGCAUGGUGUAAAUAAAACUAAUGAAUAAAUAUUUAGAACGUGGGAAAUAAUUCUUUGAAUAUAUACGUACGCGAUGUCACA